AUGAUGCUUCGCGGGCGGCGCCCUUCGGCGCCAUGUUGCCGGCGCUGAGGCGCUGCGGCCGAGCGGGGCCGGUCCUUGGGGCCGCGCUGGGUCCCGCCGUCCUACCGGGACCCGGAGCCGUUCCCGGCUUCUGUCCCGGUCCCGGUCCCGCCUGGGGGCCGCGGUUAAUCCCGGCGCGGGGUCGCAAAACGCGGCAAGACCCCCCCGCCAAGUCCAAGGCGUCGCGGGUGAAGGUGCCGCCGCCCGUCGACCCCGAGGAGCUGCUGGUGGUCAUCGAGCGGUACCGGCAGCACCGGCUGGUCCUCGGCGCCCUCCGGGCCGAGUUCAGGGCCGAGGUGCUGCAGAAGAAGCGGGAAGCGCUGCUGUCCCAGGAGGACUCGGUGGAGCUGAUGGAGGAGCACCAGCGCCUGAUGGCCUGGAACGAGGCGGAGAACGCCCGGCAGCGGGCACGCAGAGAGGAACGAAUUAGGAAAGAAGAGGAAGAACAGAAGAGGCAGAAGUUACAGGCUGCGGAGAGCAAGGCCAGGCUAAUGGAGGCUUUCCUGAAGGAGAAGGAGAAGGAGGUUCGCCAGCUGCAGGAGGAAGCCAAAACGUUCAUCACUCCAGAGAACCUGGACGCGCGGAUCGAGGAGUGCCUGGACAACCCUCGCAACUACAACUUCGCCAUCGACAAGGAGGGGCGGAUCGUCAAACGGACGGCGUUGUCUUAGCGGUGCUGGCCUGGUUUCUGCCCAGAGGCUCUGCUUACGAACUGGUUUCUUUCUUUUAAUGUAUAAAUGGCCCACAGAAUUGUUGGAGAAAGCCUGCGGGUCUGGCUGUGGUUCUUCUGAAGGGUUAGUGCUUGCGGGAAGGAGGGUGAGGGAGAAACUUGGGCUCGCAACAAGCGGCAGGCAAAGGCACCAGCAGUCUGUCUCAGCCCUGCGAGGCGGCGGCAAAGCUGCUGGUGUUCCUGUGCCUCUUGCUCUGACUCUCUGCGAUUCCACCUCCCACGUGUUUGGAUCCCUCCUGCUUUCACACAAAGCGUGUAGCGGGGGGGGAAGCAGGAACGGUCCCAGGCAGAUGCUGGCUCUGAGCUCCCCAGUGUAGCCCUGGCACUGUUUGCAUGUCGACCCCUCUAGAUGCUUUUGAAAGAAAACGAGGUCUGAGUGGCUUUGUAGGAAACGCUGACCCUCCGCUUUUUGUUGUUGGGGGAAAGAAUUUGUUGUUCCUCUGGUUUCUGCUGUGGUGGAGGGACCCGUCGUUCCUGUUCACACUUUAAACCCUCCUUUGCACAUCUGUUGGUGUGGCUAAAUGAGCAAAUGUGCAGAGGAUGCCUAAAUGAUA